GAAAUAUCCACUAAUCUCUGGAAACAUCGGAGCUCCCACCAAACACGUUCUCAACCUUUAUCACGCCUAAACCCUCGUAGAAUUCUCUAGAACGCCCGCCCCGCCCGCUUUUAUUAAGCUCCCAGACGACGCUCACUUUAUCCUCCACCUCAUUUUGAUUUGUAAAUUGUAAUCGCUAUUAGAUUUCCCUGUAGCUUUUCUCUUCUCGUAGCGCUUCUCUUCUCGAGCCAAUAAGAGAAUGGAUGACGAUUUCGAUAUGACCCCCGCGGAGGGACUCGAUGAGGACAUGGAUCUGCCGGGCGGGAGCACCUACAUGAAAGUUGGAGAGGAGAAGGAGAUCGGCUCGCAGGGACUGAAGAAGAAGCUUGUUAAGGAAGGUGAAGGCUGGGAUACUCCCGAUAAUGGCGAUGAAGUAGAAGUUCACUACACUGGGACGCUGCUGGAUGGGACUAAGUUCGACUCGAGCCGAGAUCGGGGAGCACCAUUCACUUUCACUCUCGGCCAAGGCCAAGUCAUUAAGGGAUGGGACCAAGGUAUCAAGACAAUGAAGAAGGGUGAAAAGGCCAUUUUCACCAUACCACCAGAGUUGGCGUAUGGCGAAUCAGGCUCACCCCCUACCAUCCCUCCAAAUGCAACUUUGCAGUUUGAUGUUGAGUUACUGUCCUGGGUCAGUGUCAAGGAUAUCUGCAAGGAUGGUGGCAUAUUUAAGAAGAUUGUCAAAGAGGGAGAAAAGUGGGAGAACCCUAAGGAUGAUGAUGAAGUGCUUGUUAACUAUGAAGCGAAACUGGAAGAUGGCACUGUUAUAUCCAAAGCGGAUGAUGUUGAGUUCACUGUUCGGGAAGGUCAUUUUUGUCCGGCUAUAACCAAGGCUGUGAAAACAAUGAAGAAAGGUGAAAAGGUCCUUCUUUCCGUCAAACCACAAUAUGGGUUUGGUGAGAAAGGAAAACCAGCCUCAGGUGAUGGAGUUGCAGUUCCGCCCAAUGCUAAGUUGAACAUAAAUCUGGAGUUGGCGUCCUGGAAGACAGUUUCUAGUGUAACUGAUGACAAGAAAGUAAUGAAGAAAAUACUGAAAGAGGGGGAGGGUUAUGAGCGUCCAAAUGAAGGAGCGGUUGUUAAAUUAAAACUGACAGGAAAGCUGCAUGAUGGAACAAUAUUUGUUAGGAAAGGUCAUGGGGAAGAUGAAAGUGAUCUUUUUGAGUUCAAGACUGAUGAAGAGCAAGUAAUUGAGGGAUUGGACAGGGCUGUCAUUACAAUGAAAAAGGGAGAGGUAGCGCUCUUGACAGUUGCCCCUGAGUACGCAUUUGGUUCGUCUGAAUCAAAACAAGAGUUGGCAACAGUUCCUGCAAACUCGACUUUGUACUAUGAAGUUGAGCUCGUUUCAUUUGUUAAGGAGAAGGAAUCGUGGGAUAUGAACACUGAAGAAAAAAUUGAGGCAGCUGGUAAGAAGAAGGAAGAAGGGAAUGCUCUGUUUAAAGCUGGGAAAUAUGUUAAAGCUUCAAAAAGAUACGAGAAGGCUGCCAAAUAUAUUGAGUACGACACUUCAUUUAGUGAGGAGGAGAAGAAACGUUCCAAGGUCCUGAAAGUGACCUGCAACUUAAACAAUGCUGCUUGCAAGUUGAAACUGAAAGACUACAAGAAUGCAGAGAAGCUGUGCACAAAGGUGUUGGAGCUUGAGAGCACAAAUGUGAAGGCACUGUACAGAAGAGCCCAAGCAUACAUGAACAUGGCAGAUUUGGAUUUGGCUGAACUUGACAUUAAGAAAGCUCUUGAAAUUGACCCCGACAACAGGGAUGUGAAGCUUGAACAUAAAGCACUGAAGGAAAAGGUCAAGGAGUUCAAUAAGAAGGAUGCCAAGUUCUAUGGCAAUAUGUUUGCCAAACUGAACAAGCUGCAGCCAUUUGAUGCUAAUAAUGCGGCACCUAAGGAGGCUGAGCCUAUGAGCAUUGACAGCAAGGCAUAGAGCGAUGUACAAUAACCAAUGCUUAGGUCAACAUGAUUCACUUGUUUCUUUAUAUUCAUUGUGGUUGAAAGAGCUGUAAUUGUGUUGCUUCAUUGUGGGAUUUGGACUGUUAUGCGUAGUCUCAGACUGCAUGGAUUUGUAUGUCCUUGUCAUGUUUUUCUGAGUUGAAGAGGUUUGUUUUUGAUAUUGGUGUCUUGCAUUUUUUAGCAUUAUUAUGACCACUAAUAUAGUUUUGUGGGUUGGCUAUGUUCAUCCGGAAAGCUUUUGGCAUUGAAACUAGAUAUCCAGGAAGGAUAGUUUCAUGGUGAAAUUGUGACUAGAUUGAUACUUGGUAAUUUCAGCAAGCAUAAUAAAUAUGUUGAUGAGCUGAAACAAAAGUUUAUUAACAAAAUUAGCGAGCACCUUGAAGGAAGUUAAAAGGAUUGUAUUUUUUGACAAUCUAUUACUAUAUAAUACAGUUAA